UAAAGUUAAUUAAGUUAAUAAAUAUCACAUUAGUUGUCCAUUGAGAGAAGCCUACAUGAAAGAUGUGCUGGUAAGGUCAUGUAGGCCCUGAACUUUCCAAAUAUACCACUAAAAGAGAAAAAUGUGACCAAGUGCGGCCUGGGCUGUGAGCACCUGCUUUAUGAAUAAAGGCAACUGAGUAAAAAUCUUUGACAGGAGAUAAUUGCCGAGAGGAGAGUGUAUGUUAAGGAACAGAUAAAAUCUGUAACAGGAGUUGUGCAGGCAGCUACCUGCUAAAAGACUAUGGUUGUGUGCAGUGCCCCUCAAAUAAUGGGGCUGCUCCACAUGCCAGCUCAAAACAAGAAUCUGGACGUGGGAGAAGCAAGUUUUGGAGCAGCAAAGUUAAUUCUCGUUUGUGAGGACAGUGGUGAGCCAGCCUGUGCCUGAUUGGUGAAUCCUGAGUUGCCAGGAGGAGACACACAAGACACGGAGGAGUGAGACUGAAGUCGCUUGACAUCACUGAUCCCUACAGGGAUAACCGAAUCCAAGUCAAAAGGCAAUAUGUCGUGGGGUGCUGAAGAGGAGAGCUGGGAUUUAAAAAGCACCCUUUCCUUUAUGAUUUGAGGCCUGGGAGGUGGAGGGGUCAUAGCACAGAGAUAAGCAGGCACAACAGAGAACUGCACCUGGAAAUUUUGAUGCCAGCUGUUUGCCUUGCGCCUUUGGAAGUCAUAAGGGCUUUACAACACAGGGAGUAAAAGAGGGCUUGGCACAUGGAAGGCCCAGGAUUUCUGGAUAACCAGGGAAAUGCUGCAAGAGCUGUGGAGAAGGAUCCCUGGUGAUGGAAGUUGGGGCCAAGGCCAAAGCACAGCAAGAAGGCAGACAGAAACCAGGCCUUUUGGGAAUCAGCCUCUCGGGGAGCCGAGAAACUUUUCCACCGCGAUGGGAAAUCUCUUCUCCCUCUUUUUCCUCCCUGCAGCUCUUGGAGGCGGGGGAGCCGAGCCGCUGCUGCUCGGGUAGCCGCCGCUCCCAGCUCCCCGCGCUGGCCUUACGGCAUGGAGACGAGCUUCCCGAACAGCCCGGCCUUCGCCCUCCCCGCCGGGCAGGGCAGCCUGGCCCGGGCGGGGGACCCGCCCAGACGAGGGUACCCAAGGCGCGGCCACCGCCCUUCUGCCCUCCCCGCUAUAAGAGCGGCGGCGGCGGGACCUCUCCUGCGCGGCUGGAAGCAGGCAUGUCGUCCGUCAGGAUCGAGUGCGUUGCCAACGAGGGCUACAGGAUCGGGGAGUCGCCCGUGUGGGACGAGAAGGAAGGCGCGCUCCUGUACGUGGACAUCUCGGGUAGGAAGGUGUGCCGCUGGAGCCCGGUGACCAGGCAAGCUCAGGCCAUCACCGUGGAUGCUCCUGUGAGCUCUGUGGCUCUUCGGAAAUCUGGAGACUAUGUCAUCACCCUGGGAACCAAGUUUGCUGCUUUGAAGUGGAAAGAGGAGCAGGUAACCACCAUUACUCAAGUGGACAAGGACAAACCGAAUAACCGAUUCAAUGAUGGGAAGGUGGAUCCUGCAGGGAGGUAUUUCGCAGGUACAAUGGCUGAGGAGACUCGGCCUGCCGUGCUGGAAAGACACCAGGGCUCUCUGUAUACACUUUUCUCUGACCUCUCAGUGGUGAAGCACUUUGAUCAGGUGGACAUUUCCAAUGGGCUGGACUGGUCGCUAGAUCACAAAACCUUCUUUUACAUCGACAGCUUGUCCUAUUCGGUGGAUGCCUUUGAUUAUGACCUCCAAACUGGAAAAAUUGGCAACCGUAGGAGUAUAUACAAACUGGAAAAAGAGGAGAGCAUUCCUGAUGGGAUGUGCAUUGAUACAGAAGGCAAACUUUGGGUAGCUUGUUAUAAUGGUGGGAGAGUGAUUCGUCUUGACCCUGAGACAGGGAAAAGACUCCAGACUGUGAAACUUCCAGUUGACAAAACAACUUCGUGCUGUUUUGGAGGAAAGGAUUAUUCAGAAAUGUAUGUGACUUCUGCCAGUGAUGGGAUGGAUAAAGAGUGGCUUUCACGACAGCCACAGGCUGGUGGGAUUUUCAAGAUAACAGGACUGGGGGUGAAAGGAGUCCCACCAUAUCCAUUUGCAGGUUAAAUACACACUCUUCAGAAUGUAUUAGAGAAGACCGAUGUACACAGGACAAGUCUGAAGGUCUUAUUCUGGUGUUCAGCAUCUUUUGCUUUGAAACCAUAACACCAUUAUAAUAGUUCAUCAAGAAAGCAUGAAAAACUACUGAAAUGCAUGGAAUAUUUUAAAACUGAUCUUUUCUCUCCCUUUAAAUUUACUUUAAAUAUGUGAUGGUACUUUUUCCUGUUGUGCUAAAAAGAUUCGUAUCCUAAUAAGCUUCUAUUGUAAUUCUAUUUUAUGAUUAAAAAUAUUUUAAUAUCGUU